GCUGAAGUGUCCUCUGUGAACCAAGGUUCACAGCACCCGCUCUCGUGAGGGCCUCCCCACUCAUCCGUCCCCCUGACAACGCUGCGAGCCACGACGGCCCCGGACCAGGUCGGCUCUGUUCUCCACGGUCCCCUCGGGCCUCGGCGCAUCCGACUGCUCUGUGGACGUCUGUUGAAUGGAUGAAUCAGGAGCCCUCACAGGCCUUGCAGAGGAGGCAAAAGCCCCGUAGGUCCUAAGGUGCGGCCGCAUCUCCGGCCGCUCACACCGGCCCCGACUCUCGCGGGCCGAGGAGUAGCGGUAACUAGAAUCCCCUCGCCCGGCUCCGCCGGCCGGGGCCGCCUCCUCCCUCCCCCGUGCUCCCGCUGCCUCCGCCCCUCCCUCCCUCCCUCCCGUUCUUUGUCUCCCGGGCGCCCGGCCUCCCCGCCACGCGCACCCUCAUCGCCCCUUCCCUGGGGACCCCCGCGGAUCCCCGCUGACACGACGCUAAGAGUAUCUGCCUGCCAGGCGGGGGACCCCGCGUCCAGCCGGGCGGGGCGGGGAGACGGUUUCUCUCUCUCUCUCUCUCCCUCCCUCUCCUCUCCUCUCCUCUCCUCUCUCUCUCUCUCUCUCUCUCACACACACACACACACACACACUCGCACACACACGCACGGAGCAUCCUCCCGUCAGGUCUGCUGGUCCAGCCCCUCCCGCCGUGCCUCCUGCUUCCUGCAAACCUUCUCCUCUCUCUCCGAACUCCCCCACCCCCACCCCCACAUUCCCUCCGGCUCCAAGACCCCCCUCGCUGACCCCUACCCCUACUCCCGGGAUGGAGCGGACGGAGCCAGCCCGGAGCCCCCCGAGGCCGGGGUGACUGUCCCCCGCCCCUCUCCUGCCUGGCCCCAGCCCCAAACACCAUGGGCCUGAGGGGUUUCUGAGGCGCCGGACGCUGAAGAUGACAGAUGCUGGAGCUCUCUUAAGUCAUGGCUUCUUCAAAGCUCCGAGAACCUGCGGAUGAGGUUUUUGACCUGGACUUGGCUGUGCCAGAGACCGUCAGACUGGACAGCAGUUUACACAAGGCCCGAGCCCAACUACUGGCCAAGGGCCGGAGACACAGGCCCUCCCGCUCGAGGCUUCGGGACAGUGCCAGCUCUGCAGAGGAUGGUGAAGGCUCCGAUGGACCCGGAGGCAAGGUGACCGAUGGCUGCGGGAGCCCCCUGCACCGGCUGCGCUCGCCUCUGCACUCGGGCCCGGGGUCCCCAGCCGGGAGCUCCUUCUGCCUGGAGCCCCCGGGGUUGCGGCGCAGCCUGGACGAGGACGAGCCGCCGCCCUCGCCGCUCACACGCUACCGGCCCCUGCACAACGCCGCCUCGCACGAGGGCCUGGCCGCCGCCUCCUGCUCGCCGCCACGCUCCGCGCCCUCCUCCGACAGCUCGCCCAGCUUCGUGCGCCGCCAUCCCCGCGCCGAGCCGCACAGCGAAGAUGACAGCCGGGAUGCCAGCCCACCUGAGCCCGCCAGCCCCACCAUUGGCCUGGAUAAGAAGACUCGCCGAAAGUUCCUGGACCUGGGGGUCACCUUACGCCGAGCAUCCACUAGCAAGAGCCGGAAGGAGAAGGGCAGCAACCGCCUGUCCAUGGGCAGCAGGGAGUCGGUGGAGGGGUCCGGCAGGUCAGGGGGCUCCCCGUUCCUGCCCUUUUCCUGGUUCACAGACAGUGGCAAGGGCUCGGCGUGUUCUGGCAGCACCACCUCCCCGGCCUGCUCCCCUAAACACGAGGGCUUCAGCCCUAAGAAGUCAGCUUCUCAGGAAUCCACUCUGAGUGAUGACUCCACACCCCCCAGCAGCAGCCCCAAGAUUCCAAGUGGUCCCCGGCAGGCGGCCAAGUGUUCCUACCCCUACCACACACUGUCCCAGUCUUCGGACGAGUUUCUGGAUGAACCUCUCCCCACCAUCUACCACUGGACCAGUCAGCAGGUGGGCCAGUGGCUGCACAGCCUCAACCUGGAGCAGUAUGCCGCUGAGUUUGCCGCGAGGCAGGUGGAUGGGCCGCAGCUACUGCAGCUGGAUGGAAGCAAACUGAAGAGCCUGGGGCUCAGCCACUCACAUGACCGGGCGCUCGUGAAGCGGAAGUUGAAGGAGCUGGCGGCGGCCGCGGAGAAGGAGCGCAAGGCCCAGGAGAAGGCUGCGCGGCAGCGUGAGAAGCUCCGGCGCAGGGAGCAGGAGGCCAAGAGGAGCUAGGGGGAUGGGCGGGCAGGCACUGGCGGCUGCUGGGCUCUGAGGGCACAGGCCGCCCGGGGAAGUGGGGCCUGGGCACCAGGCUUGGGCUGGCCUGGCCCCACGCUCUCAGGAGGAACAGCCCUCUCACCCUGUCUUCUGUCUGGACCCAGAUUCCUCAGAAAGGGAGACCCCAGGGGGAGGACCCAGUAAUAAAUCCCAUUUCAAGGACUUGUUUGGCACAGAGUUCCUGGGGGAAGUGGCAGAUUACGGGCAGAGAAGCCAGGGCUGAAGCAAGUCUGGGAGCCCAGAAGUGCCUGAGUCAUUCUGACCCUCUGCCCUCAGGCCAUGGUGGUCCUGGGACCAGCAGUGAAUUAGGAGGCCUGCUUACCUUCCAGAAGCCCUGGGCUCAGAGAGGUGGGCUGGGCAUCUCUGCAGGAGCAGGUAGAUAAAGCAGUUCCUUUCCAGCUCUCCCAGGUGACUGUGUGUCGGGAGAGCUCUGUUCUGCUCCGCAGGGAGGCUGGUGGGCCUGCAGCAAGUUGCACGCAAGGUAGGCUCCCAGUCUGCACUCCUCAACAGGAGAGCAGAGAAAGCAGCAUGAUUACCCCACAUCACCUUUGCAAGGACUUUAGGAGAAGGAAGGGAGGAGGCAAAGCUCCUCCUCUUCCCUGUCCCUGUCCUGUGGGUCUCAGUGGUGAGAUAAUGCCCUUGCAGGUCUGCCCCUCCUGAGGCCCAUUCAAAGCCUGGUCUUUGACCUACUCUCCAAGCUGGGCCCACUUCUGCUGCUCCCUCAGAGGCCACCUGGGCCCUCCCUGAGGACAGAGCAAACUUGGGAGCUGGUGGCCACAGAAGACACCCCCUACCAAUGCCUAGAUGGUCCUGAACUGGUGAAUCCUCAUCCCAGCCAAGCAGAGAGGCAAAAUCUGGGAGGUCCCCCGGAAGCUGCUAAAUUGGAAAGGUUCCUCAGCCAUCCCCCAUCUGCCCUGGUCCCUAGCGAGGCCUCAGUGGGUUCCAGAACUGGCAGACGGUGCGGGCUCCGGUUCCUGGGCCACAGGGAGGGGUGGGGCCAGCUCCCUGGGUGGGGGUGGAGUCUAUCCCAGCAGCCCAGAGCAAGCCAUCUGUCCUUGUAGGGAGGGAGUGUGCAGGUACGGUGCUGGCCAGAGGCUAGCCCAGCUUCUGGAGCACUGGCCGAAGUUAACAAUGAGGCCAGGGGCCUCCGAUUAGAGACCUCCCUCCACCUCCUCCCAUCCGCCUGGAGCGGUGGACAGGACCCGAUGCAUGCCUUCUCCCCUCGUUCCAGCCCAAGCGCUGUGGCCUGAGGGCUACCCCUAUUCCUGGGUCUCAGUCCUUUCCUCCUCUCUGCUAUCUGUGCCGGGAGAGGGGGCUUCAGAGAGGGGGACUGAGAUAUGGGGGCAUCAGUACCAUCUGGGCCCACAGGAGGGGCCAGUGGGGAAGGUGAGAAGUUCCCAGGUCCUGGAAGCCAUCAGGAGUUAUCUGGGUGCCCACCUGCAUGUGAAGGGGGAGGCGGUACUCAGUUUAUUUCAAUAAACACUUACGACGUGCCAGUGACCUUUCUGUCUGCCCCAGCGGGGGUGGGGCUGGGCCCCGGAAGCGGGAGGCCACAGUUCUGUCCCUGGGUGCUG